UCCGUCCCGGGAUGGCGGAGACCCCGCCGCGGCCAUGGAGGUGGCGCCGGAGCAGCCGCGCUGGAUGGCGCACCCCGCGGUGCUGAACGCGCAGCACCCCGACUCGCACCACCCGGGGCUGGCGCACAACUACAUGGAGCCCGCGCCGCUGCUGCCCCCCGACGAGGUGGACGUCUUCUUCAACCACCUGGACUCGCCCAGCAGCCCGUACUACGCCAACCCGGCCCACGCCCGCGCGCGCGUCUCCUACGGCCCCGCGCACGCGCGUCUCACUGGAGGUCAGAUGUGCCGGCCGCACUUGUUGCACAGCCCGGGCUUGCCCUGGCUGGACGGGGGCAAAGCCGCCCUGUCUGCUGCACACCACCACAACCCCUGGACCGUGAGCCCCUUCUCCAAGACGCUGCACCCAUCGGCGGCGGGAGGGCCGGCGGGGCCGGGAGGGCCGCUCUCUGUGUACCCGGCGGCGGCAGGUGGGAGCGGAGGAGGCAGCGGGGCCUCCGUGGCCUCCCUCGCCCCCGCGGCGGCGCACGCCGGCUCCCACCUUUUCGGCUUCCCACCCACACCUCCCAAAGAGGUGUCUCCAGACCCCAGCGCAGGGGCCGCCUCCCCAGCCUCCACCUCUGCGGGGGGCAGCGCGGCCCGGGCUGAGGACAAGGACGCUGUCAAGUACCAAGUGGCCCUGCCCGAGAGCAUGAAGAUGGAAGGCGGCAGUCCCCUGCGCCCAGGCCUGACCACGAUGGGGGCCCAGCCCGCCACUCACCACCCCAUCCCCACCUACCCGUCCUACGUGCCGGCCACCGCGCAUGAGUAUGGCGGCGGCCUCUUCCACCCCGGAGGCUUCCUGGGCGGCCCGGCCUCCAGCUUCACCCCGAAGCCACGCAGCAAGGCCCGCUCCUGCUCAGAGGGCCGGGAGUGCGUCAACUGUGGGGCUACAGCCACCCCGCUGUGGCGGAGGGACGGCACCGGCCACUACCUGUGCAACGCCUGCGGGCUCUACCACAAGAUGAACGGGCAGAACCGGCCUCUGAUCAAGCCCAAGCGGAGACUGUCGGCAGCCAGGAGAGCGGGCACCUGCUGUGCGAAUUGUCAGACCACCACCACCACUUUAUGGCGCCGGAAUGCCAACGGGGACCCGGUCUGCAAUGCCUGUGGCCUUUACUACAAGCUGCACAAUGUUAACAGGCCGCUGACCAUGAAGAAGGAAGGGAUUCAGACUCGGAACCGGAAGAUGUCCAACAAGUCCAAGAAGAGCAAGAAGGGGGCUGAGUGCUUCGAGGAGCUGUCCAAGUGCAUGCAGGAGAAAUCCUCGCCCUUCAGCGCAGCCGCCCUGGCCGGACACAUGGCGCCCGUGGGCCAUCUCCCGCCCUUCAGCCACUCGGGACACAUCCUGCCCACCCCGACGCCCAUCCACCCCUCCUCCAGCCUCUCCUUUGCCCACCCUCACCCAACCAGCAUGGUGACUGCCAUGGGCUAGGGACAGAGGUCGCGGCAGGGGCCGAGCGGGAGUCAGGCCAUGCACGCCUCUGCUGCCCACCCUUCCCCGGAGCCUGCGCGGCUCCCGAGGCCCAGCCGGAGCCCGGAGCCUCGCUGUACCCGAGGGCUCCCUUGGCCUCCUGCCAUUACUGUGAAUACUCUCUGGGCUGAGCGAGGCUGUUCCAACGUGACUGAAGACCCGGGGAGCAGAAGGACGGCUUUCCGGUGGAGAAGGAGGGGACAGACAAACGCAAGCGUUUUUUGAAGGAAAAAAAAAACGUAAGCAAAACUAAUUUAUUUGCUCUUGUUUCUGGAGACCCCGAGGAGAGGCUGUCCUGUGUUCUCUGUGUUUUCCUGCGGCCUGCGUGCCUGUGACCCGGGGCUGCCAGGCUCUGGGGCAGGCAGGUCUGGAGGGCGAAGUGGGGCCUCUCUCUCCCUGGCCUUCCUCUGUCCGGCGUGCGCGGGCCCUGCCUGCGGCCGGCCCUGGAGGCUAGAGACAAUUGCAGGCGGUGCUGCUCAGAUUCCCAGGCCCGGGCUGGGCCACAGGAAGGAAACAACAUUUUCUUGAAAGGGGAAAUGUCUCCCUGGUUGCUCCCUUGGAUUUGAGGCUGGAGUUGGAGUGACCUGUGUGUCCCCAGCAGGCCCAGGCCGUGGCCGGGGCCCUGUACAUACAUACGUCCUUCUGCUAACCCUGCCACCCUCCCCCACUCCGAGACAAAUAGGAAAUAUUAGAGGCAAAGCAAAACCUGCGCAAGCUUCACUCACCAACAAGCUGUUUUGUUUUUAAAUUCUCCGGGUCCAGUCAAUUGUACAUGGCCGUGGUAGCCUCGCCCGGGCGGGUGAGACCUUCCCGAGCUUGGAGAUUUUGAAAGUUCUUGGACCAUCCUGCAGCCCUACCCAGAGAGCGGGCGGGGGUGGGGGGUGGGGGCUGGCACUCUGGGGGCUGGAGGCCGAGGCCAGCCUGGCAGGUGGAGGGGCCGCCUGUGGGGCCGCGAGCCGUGGCUGCCUGGGUCCUCUGAGGUACAGCUGUACAUAGAUGUGUCCCACGCCUCGAUUCUGCGUGGUUGGUGGGUUGGCCGUGAUGAGGCUGCAGCUGGGGGCUCCUGACCAGGAGGACAGUUGUGCCCCCGGGGGCUUCGCUGUAGCACCACCCACCAGAAGUAACUUAUUUUGUACUAGUAUCCGCAUACGAGAAAGAAUCGGCAGUAUUUUCUGUUUUUGUUUGGCCUGUUUUAUUUUGGGUUAGUAAACUAAGUUAUUGUUAAUUAUGUACAACAUUUAUAUAUUGUCUGUAUAAAUCGUAUGCUAUUCUCCUAUUCCUUUAAAGUGAAUACUGUUAAGAAUAAUAAAAUACUUUUUGUGAAUGCUCCA